GGAGACGGUCCGAAGGACGGAGCCGAAGCGCGCGCGGUGAUUGGCUGGAAUGGCGACAGGUAGCGCCCGUCGAUUGGCCCAGGAAUGGACCAAUGGCGCGUCGGCAGCCGCGCAGCGCCUAUAAAAGCGCGAGGACGCAGCGCGGCGCUCCCUUUCGGGGGUUGGCGGUUCGUGGCGCUGAUGGUCGUUCGUCGUCCCGUCCUCAUCUGCCCGGGCCGCGCUUUGCGAGCGGCUGCGUCCGUUCCGGCUGUGAGCUGCCAGCAUUGGGUGGUGGAGGGGCGUCCCCCUGGUUAGAGAGCCCAGCAGGGAGUGUGGAGAUGGAGAGCGAGCAGAGAGCUGAGCAGGGCGCUGAGCAGCACCAUUGCUGUGGGCUCCUGCAGCAGGACCUGGCUGAGCUCUGCACCCCAAUCGGCAUCGCCUCCGUCCCCACGGUCACCGUGCGGCCGUUCUCUGUAGAGCUGAGGGUGCAGAGCCCCGCAGACUGGCAGAGCUGCAUCCACGUGUUGCUGCUGAACGACGGAGUGUCUGCGGGGUCUUCCUGCGAGGGUCCUCUUCUCACUCUUCAGGACGCGUUUCUUCUGCUGUGGUUUGGAGCCCCCCAGGACGGCCCUUCCUCAUCAGCCCCCCCUCCCACGCCGGGUGGGCUCUGCCUCUGCUUCCAUCUGUGCCGUUUCCCCUCAUCCCGUCCCUGCAGACCGCUGAGAAGAGGUUGGCCGCAUCCCUUUGGCUCCCACAGAGAUGGAUGGACCCCGAGCAGAUCCCCUCUCAGCCUCCCUUUCUCAGGGCUGAACAGCCCCGGGUCGCUCAGCCUCUCCUCGCAGGGAGAUGCUCCAGGCCCUGCAUCACCUCUGAGCCCUCCGCUGGGCUCCCUCCAGGAGAUCGCUGUCUGUUUUGUGCUGGGAGCCCGGAACUGAACCCGGUAUGCCAAACGUUGGAAUGAAAGCAUUGGAAGGAAGGGAAGCCAUCCAUUGGGACCCGGGCAGGCUGGAGAAGCGGGCCCGUGAGAACCUAACGAGGUUCAAUAAGGCCAAGUGCAGAGUGCUGCAUUGGGUCGGGGCGAUCCCAGGUGUUUAUGCAGACUGGGGGAAGAUCUCCUUGAGAGCAGCCCUGCGGAGAACGACGUGGGGGGUCCUGGGGGACGGGAACUGCACAUGAGCCAGCUGACGUGCGGCAAUCAGACCCUAUAGGUAAGGAUAUAGAGCAGGUAUGUGUUUAUUGGUGACACGCAUACACCCUGGUGCAAGGGGGAUCGCUCCACCGUCCGAAGAAAUGGUGCUGUAGAUAUAGGUGAAACUAAUACAUAAUCAGUAGUCGACAGGAAUUCGGAUCCACAUUCACUACAUUCCCAGGAGCCCAUCAGCAUGCAGUCCCUCCCCCCGUUGCGUGUGCGUGGUAGGCCGUGAUGAUGAAGGCUCGGAGUCUUCCUCGCGAAGGCUCAUAGUCUUCCUCGCUGCAAACUUCUGACCCUGAAGGGGGGGCAUCCCCUGAACUGAUUCCAGCUUGCACUUCAGACGUCUCAUCACCUCCCUGCCAAAUGUUUUUGAGCUGUUCUCCGGUCCUUAUCUUUAUGGCCUUCAUUCUCCUUGUUAUUCUGGACCUAGCGCCUGUGAAAGUGCUUGGAACCCCACGUUUUCUAACACUCUCUACAUAAACUAUCUCUAUUUGCCCCUUAUGUCUACCUUGUGAAGCUGCUUUCUCUUUUCUUGCUAUGAAGCCCUUCUUUCUGUACUGCAGGGACCCGAUUUUGC